GGAAUCGAAAGAAUACUAAAAAAACUGAAGUAUUCAUGUGCUGAAUUUCAUUAUUUCAAUUAUUUAUUACUUAUCUAGAGCUGUGUCGGUGGUCACUCACUCUUGCAACUUUACUGAUGAGCUGAGAAAGUCCUGAGUGAUCGACAGAGUACUACUGCCCACAAAAAAGGCACAAAACCAUGGCCACACUCUCUCCUUCACUCUCUCUCCUCUUGUUUGCCAGACUCUCUGCUCUCAUUGUUGCUGUUCUUGUCCUCAUUUGGGCCCUUGUCUUCAAGACUAGCUUCAUUCCUCGCUCUCCCUCCCAAGAAGACCUCAUCUAUGCUGUGCUUCAUCCUAUAUGUAUGGUGAUUGGUUUCAUUCUCAUCAGUGGAGAAGCGAUUUUGGUCCAUAGAUGGUUGCCCGGCUCGAGAAAUUUGAAGAAAUCGGUGCACCUUUGUCUUCAAGGGGUGGCUUUGGCUUCUGGGAUUUUUGGGAUCUGGACAAAGUUCCAUAGCCAAGAUGGGGUUGUGGCUAAUUUCUACAGUCUGCAUUCAUGGAUGGGUUUGAUUUGUGUCUCCUUGUUUGGCUUUCAGUGGUUGAUGGGUUUUUUGAGCUUUUGGCACAAAGGGGAGGUGCGCGCAAUAAGGGUAAGAAUCUUGCCUUGGCACGUCUUCGUUGGCCUAUACACAUAUGGUUUGGCUGUGGUAACAGCAGAGACCGGGCUCCUCGAGAAGUUGACGUUUUUACAAACGAACGGAAAUGUAUUGAAGUAUUGCAGAGAGUCCAUGAUUGUAAAUAGUAUAGGACUUGGAUUGGCUCUGCUCAGCGGCAUUGUAAUAUUAGCUGCUGCCUCACCAAAGCACCAAACCCCACAAACUAAGGUCAUUUAUUCAAAUGGCAAGCAUUUGUCUUAAACUGAUCUGUACAAUAUUAUCUUUCGUGUUCCAUACCUACGAGUGUUUGUUGUAAAGCGAUUGGGAAAUAGAAAUUGGAGUAUUGAAUGCUGGCAUUAUGUUGCCGAUCUAUCUCUCUACCUUGAUGGCUGUGGCUCUUUAUUUUCUAAGCAACAGGUUGAGGUUUCAAGACUAGUAGAGAGAAGAAAGAAAAAAUUCUGGCAUAUUUCGAGCAAUGGUUUGUUUGCUUUUUCCUAGUUGGUGUUUACUAUUUGCAUUUUUCCUGGAUACAUUUGAUGAUUGUGUGUAUUUGUAGAGAUUAAUUUGGACACUGCUUCAGUAGAGAUUUGUAGGAAAUAAUGGACGAAAGAUUUUUUUAUUUUUCAAAGUAUUCCAGCAGAUUGAAAUUA